ACUGUGCACAUGUGACUGUGACUGUUUUCCUUUUUAGACAGCAUAAUCAUUGGUGAAUGAAUGGAGAAUGGAGGAAAGAAAAUCUGAUUGACCUGGCCAAUGCCACCAAGGCCAAGGGUCGACGAUAGAUAUGCGUUCUGUACACUUUCUGAGCUUACUGAGCCUAGCAUUUGCUGGUCUAGCAGGACUGUUGCCGUUCAGGAUUUUUGGCUUGAACAUCGACACUGCCGCAUGGCUUCUCCCAGUGCAGGUACUCGUUGCAGGGCUGGUGCAAUUCGCGAUUUCCUUCAACAGCCAGGCUGAGAAGUUUCUGCCUGCGCUGGCCAGUGCUGUCGGAGGCUGGAUUGUCGGCGCUGUGAUAUGGCAUGUGGUGUUUGUGCUAUUCGGUGCUGCUCUCAUAGAGAAUGCGACGUACACAGCCAGUAUCUCAGCACUGGCCUCUUCGCUGACGGCUGUGCCACUCAGCAGUUUGACUGGUUUCAAGGUUUAUGAGAGUUUGAGUCUGCUGAGCCGUGAUCACUACAGUGUGCGAGAAUGGCAGAUGCUGUGCCAAUGUGCUGGUGUUGCGACCGGUGUGUAUGCAUCCGCUGUGGUCAUCCCGCUGGACUGGGAUCGGCAAUGGCAGGUCUGGCCAUGUCCCUGCAUUAUCGGAGCGUGGGGUGGCUGUUGUCUGGGUAAUAUCAUAGCUUGCUGUACAGCCCACCGUGUGGACGGGUCAGCACUGGGAAGGAAAACAGCAUAGCACACAGUACACACACUCUGAUCCUGGCUUGGCAGCUGCAGGACAGCUACCACGGCGUCGUGUGUUUAUUCGAAACGGAUCCGCUGAGCGUGAUCUCGGAUAUGGAUCUUUCAGGGUACCAGCGGACCAAAUCACCAUGUGCUGUCACAUGUACUUAUGGUGAGUCACAUGAUCCUGCUGUAUGUCACAUGUUCCCACUGUGAGUCUACGGCACACAUAGCUCACAUGUACACUGUCACCUGCUACCCAAGUUGCCUACAUGUACAUGCAUGCUGCCCUCCACUGUCUCCAGUCCCAUCUCAUACAAGCUGCGGGCAUGCUUUGAGGGAUGGGAGUUGCUCUCUUUGGCACGUACUUCCGUGUCUACCUCAGUACUGAUGACUGUUAUAGCUGCACACAGAGCUGCAUAUUGCGCCCGUACUCCUGAUGAACAGUAGCGGUGAACACCGUGUCAGCUUUCUUUGGUUGGAGCUCACUCUCCGUAAUUUCACAGCUGCUGAGCGCUCGUACCACUUGACCUACACUCAUUCCGCAUAUGCAUACAAUCUUUCUCAAGUUGAUCUUGAUUGUCAAUAUUAUUAGUAAUGCUUACUGCUUGCAGAACACACAUAGAAAGGAGGCGAAAGGCUGCGUGGCUGUAACUUCAAGUUUCACGCAUUUCAGCGAUCAGCAGACAGCGGCAUUUGGCAAUCACUGCUCUGCACUGCACAUUUGUGCAUUGAACACACUCUGCUCCAAGCUGCCUCGCCCGGCCUUGUUUGUUAUUACUUACUAGUAAAUAGUUUAUUCAUAAGUUUGAGGGGGUUGAAAUGGGGAUAAUUUCCACAAGCUUUCCUAGCCUAUCAAUCAAAUGCUCUAUUUUCACGCGGGCGUAAUAUUCUUACUAGUAUGAAAAUAAUGGUACCUAUUUAGUAUGU